UUGACUUUGACUCGCUUGCAGUUUGACAACUUGUAUGGAUGUCGUCACUCACUCCCUGACGGUCUCAUGAGAGCCACCGAUGUCAUGAUCGCCGGAAAGGUCGCUGUUAUCUGCGGUUACGGUGAUGUCGGAAAGGGUUGUGCUGCUGCCAUGAAAACCGCUGGUGCACGUGUGAUCGUGACUGAGAUCGAUCCAAUCUGUGCCCUUCAGGCUCUCAUGGAAGGCCUUCAAGUUCUAACCCUUGAGGACGUCGUCUCUGAAGCUGACAUCUUUUGCACCACCACUGGAAACAAAGACAUCAUCAUGGUCGACCACAUGAGGAAGAUGAAGAACAACGCCAUCGUCUGCAACAUUGGUCACUUUGACAAUGAAAUCGACAUGCAAGGGCUUGAGACUUACCCUGGUGUGAAACGCAUCACCAUCAAGCCACAGACUGAUAGGUGGGUGUUCCCUGACACCAAAUCAGGAAUCAUUGUGUUAGCCGAGGGUCGUCUGAUGAACUUGGGAUGUGCCACUGGACACCCGAGUUUCGUGAUGUCUUGCUCGUUCACCAACCAGGUGAUUGCACAGCUUGAGCUCUGGAACGAGAAGUCAAGUGGGAAGUAUGAGAAGAAGGUAUAUGUUUUGCCUAAACACUUGGAUGAGAAGGUUGCUGCACUUCACUUGGGCAAGCUAGGUGCUAGACUCACCAAGCUCACCAAGGACCAAUCUGACUACGUUAGCAUACCCGUUGAAGGUCCCUACAAGCCUGUUAGCUACAGGUACUGAGAAGAAAAAAAAGGAUCAAGCUAUGGUUCUUCGUAUGGUUUUAUGAUUUUACCAUUUGGUUAUAAUCCAAAUGACAAUUGUUUGAGUUGGUUCGGGUCUGGUGGUUGGGGAAAUAUGAGAUAUUGGUCUUCUUAUGAAGUUGAUCAAAUAUUGGCAUCAAUAAGGGGUUGUUGUUCUUUGGUUUUGAGAGGCUGUUUUAUGUUUUGUUUUGUUUUUCCUUUUUAAUUUUAUAUAAUCUCAAGAUAAUUAAAUUAUGUUUUACACUA